UGAAAUGAUUAGCAAGAGGGGUCGCUCCGUGUGACAUUCCACGUUUCUCUCACCACAGCCCAAAUCAUAGCUGGCCCUCAAGUGUUCAAUGAUGGCGGACAGUGCGAGCGAAAGUGAUACUGAUGGAGCGGGGAGCACCACGACCGCCCCGCAGUCGACUACGCCUUCUUCAAAUUCUAGCAAGCCAGGCAUAGUCAUUUCCCCGUUUCGACUGGAGGAGUUAACGAACCGACUAGCCUCGCUGCAGCAAGAGAACAAAGUGCUUAAAAUCGAGCUAGAAACGUUCAAACUGAAGUGCAAAGCACUGCAGGAGGAGAACCGGGAUCUGCGUAAAGCUAGCGUCACCAUCCAAGCCAGGGCAGAGCAAGAGGAGGAGUUCAUCAGCAACACCCUGUUCAAGAAGAUCCAGGCCCUGCAGAAAGAGAAGGAGACCCUCGCUGUCAAUUAUGAAAAGGAAGAGGAGUUCCUCACUAAUGAACUCUCCCGAAAACUUAUGCAACUGCAGCAUGAGAAGGCAGAGCUGGAGCAGCACUUGGAGCAGGAGCAGGAGUUCCAGGUCAACAAGCUGAUGAAGAAGAUCAAGAAGCUGGAGAACGACACCAUCUCCAAGCAGCUCACGCUGGAGCAGCUGAGGCGUGAGAAAAUCGACCUUGAAAACACAUUGGAGCAAGAACAAGAAGCACUAGUGAAUCGCCUAUGGAAGAGAAUGGACAAACUGGAGGCAGAGAAAAGAAUUCUACAGGAGAAGCUGGACCAGCCCCUGUCAGCCCCUCCGUCUCCACGGGAUAUCUCCAUGGAGAUCGACUCCCCAGAGAACAUGAUGAGGCACAUCCGCUUCCUGAAGAACGAGGUGGAGAGGCUGAAGAAGAACCUGCGCAUCACCGAGCUCCAGCACACGGAGAAGCGGGCGCAGUACAUCGAGGAGGAGCGGCACAUGCGGGAGGAGAACAUCCGGCUGCAGAGGAAGCUGCAGAGGGAGAUGGAGCGGAGGGAGGCGCUCUGCCGCCAGCUGUCCGAGAGCGAGUCCAGCCUGGAGAUGGACGACGAGAGGUAUUUUAAUGAGAUGUCUGCACAAGGACUCCGUCCCCGCACCGUGUCCAGCCCCAUACCGUACACACCAUCGCCCAGCUCCAGCAGGCCCAUAUCCCCCGGCCUGUCGUACGCGAGUCACACGGUGGGGUUCACUCCCCCGGCGACCCUGACCAGAGCCGGCAUGUCCUACUACAACACCCCCGGCCUGCACGUGCACGUAGGCUCGUCCCACGGAGUCGCGAGGCCCUCUCCGAGAAGAAGCAACAGCCCCGACAAAUUCAAACGCCCGACGCCUCCCCCCUCCCCAAACACGCAGUCAAUGGUUCAACCCGCUCCCCCACCCCCCCCACCUGUGCAGCCCAUGGUCCUGUCCACGUCCCAGAACACUUCCCCCCUCCAGUCCUCCCAGCCAUAGUGCAUGCGCUGGGCUGCGUCGUCGCCCGCUAGCGGAUUCAACAGGGCAAGUUCCCACAAGCCAAAGGCUUUCCCCCCAACCUGUCUGGUGUUGACUGUACUCGCACUGAGCUUCUGUAGGCUAGCUGUUAACUGUGUUGUAGAUGUUUGUUUAGAAUGCAGCCAGUGUUGUGGCCCUACGACACUUAAAAACAAAACAAAACAAAAACAAACAAAAAAAAGGAAAAAGAAAAAAAAAGAAAUUUAACAGCAUUUUCUCAUCAGUGCUUACUGGAACUGUGCGUGUUGAAUCUGUUUAUUUUUUCUUUUUUCUUUUCUUUUUUUUAUCGGUUUGAAGCAUUUGCCACCAAAACAAAUUAUAUUACAAAGAUUUGUAUGUUAAAGAAAUUAUAUUGUCUAAUGAUGUCACACUCGGUUUUGGAAGACUUCGAGAUUUUUGAAAAAGGGAACCUGGUAAGUGGUCAGGCGAGCGGAACUCCUGAAAUGAGCGCGGAUCUCUCCGGCACUGGUGCCCUGGCAGCACAUUUUGUGUGCACGUGAUUGGAUGAACACUGGCGCUGAUGCCACUGAGAACUACCAAUGCCGGUUUGAACAAUUCAGAUGUACCAUCUCCUCCCAUCAAGCCUGGUUGUUUUAAAUGACCUACAGUGUCAUAACAGACUUUUCUUUGGUUAAUAAAUGGAUUUAACUCAAAUGGUACUGUUGGACAAAAUGUAGUUGAAUCUUGGUAAUGGCUUGGAGGAAAUUAUUUUGACACUUUCUGCUUCUGAGAAUUGCGUAUUUAAAAUGUAAAAUUUGAAACUGGCUUUAUAUAGCUUCUGAAGAUCUAAAAGAAGGGGCUGUUGGUUCAGCGACUGCUGGCCCAUGCAUGGCCGUCCAAAGCAUAUUGGGGAAUGCCCAGCACGAAGUGGGAAUGUUGUUCAUUUGGGAAUGGCCUGAAAUGUCAGGGAGAGACCAUACUCUUUACUGCAUAAACAUCUCGCUAAACUGGUUAGGCCCUGGCAGAUUGGCUCAGUGCCUGACCAAUACGCUCUUUUGUAAAAAUGUGGGGUUCCCCCGGCCCAUUUAAGGAACAUUUAUGUUAAAAAGAAGUGGAAAAGAAUUUCCUCCAUUUCUUUCGAGGGUUUAAGUGAUUUGCUGGUAGUGUUUCACAUUUAACCAUGGGGAACCUAAAGGCAUAUUUACCUAAGAGCUGAGGUGACCCAAGCAUUUUGAUUAAUUUUAAAAGGCUAGCAGCAGUCUUGAGUAUUUGCAUAACGUCACUGACCAGGUGGCUCUUGUAUUGACUUUAAAUUAAUUUCAAGCAUCUCUAUGUUGCUACCACUGUGACUUCAACAAAAUAUAUUACAAACCCCCUCCACAAAAGUAAUGUUAAAUACUGCUAGUUAUCGGCUUGCCUAUUGCAAUAAUAGCACUAGAGAGCAUACCAGUUUGGCAUUAGAUCAAAUAUAUAUUUUAAGCUUUGUGAAAGCCGAAGUCAUUCGAAAACAGUCAAAUUUCUAAAACAAGUUGAGCUGUUAAUUACCGUUGUGAAAUUUUGCACUAAUGCUGCUAUCAGCUGUCACCUCUGCAGCUGUGGAGAAAAUCAACAGGAUGACGUUAAGCACUUGCAUUUUCCUCAAACUGUUCUUUAUAAUAUUUCUGGUGGAAAUAAUCAACUGGCUUUGCCAACAUCCAGUACGAAAGCAGAUACUUAACGCUGUUGCUGUACAUUCCGCUUGGAAAAAAUAAAAACCCUCUCAUCCAUCACUGGGCGACACACAACUGUGUAAUAUUGAGGCUCAAAAACACAUAAUCUGUACUUUUACCUUUUCUUCAAUGAUGAUUUAUUUCAUGUGUGGCGAGCAAAAUAUUUGAGAGGAUGUCUCAAAAUAAUGAUUUCUGUGCAUAAUCUGUUUAUUUGUGUUCCCAAGGCAACCCUUGUCACUCCAGGUUUUGUUUAUUUUCUGUUGUAUUUUUUGUCCUUGUACUUUUGUUGUAAGUAUGCACAUUUUCUUUCUCAUUUAAAAAAAACACAGCGACAAUCUGUGGUGUCAACCUACAUUUCAGCAUUUUACGAAGCCCAUUUGCAAGAAAUGUUUUUGGGUUUUGCAUUUUUGGAGGUGUGUUUUUCUUCUAUAUUUUAGACUGUUGACAAAUGAAUGUAAAGUGUGCUCAUGUUUUACUGCUAUCAUUUACGGAACGAUCACCUUCAAGCCUUAACUCACUGUGGUAUGGCUAAGUGUAAACAUUAUCUAAUACCCCCCCCCCAUCAAACAAUGGACGCCUUAAUCCAUCUUCAGAGAAGACUUUGGUUGUAAAGGCUGCUAAUCAUUUAUCUUUCUCAAAUUAGAAUUGAAUUGAGCUUUGGUGUUAAACUGUCACUCGACAUGCUGUGUAAAGACAGUGGUGAACAGGACUCCCGUCUAGUAGACCCUUAUUGAAAGACUCUCCUGAGUACUGUUGCUCCGUUUUCAUGGUAGCGCUUCCACUUUGGUACUACAAAGUCACACCUUAAUUUCCAUCUCGAUAAAAACUUAAGACUAGGGAUGGAAUGUGGCUUGUUAAAGAUUGUAUUGUUUAUUUUAGCAAUAUAAUGGGUUGGGAAAAGUCCUUCAAAUAUUGUGCCAACACCCACCUUUCAUGCAUGGAUAUCGCACCAGCACUAAAUACGGCAUUCUGCUAGCACUUUUCUUUGAACGUAUGAGAGGUGUUUUUUUGUUUGUUUUUUUGGGUUUUUUUGGGUCAGUUAACUGACCUCUCUGUAUUACCCCGGGACAAACAAAAGUAACAGUAUGUAUGGUUAAUUUAAAUCAUAUUCCAAGUACACAAAGGAGAUCUAUUAAAAUAUUUGAUGGGAA